UUUCAUGUGAGCUAGGCCCAAUAGUCGUUUCGGUUGGUGGUUGAGCUGAGCGCGAGUGUCUGAGACUUAGCCACGCAUCCCCGAAAGGCCACCAAACACCGCUUCAAUUUCAAUUUAUACGUCAACGAAGCAAUUUCAGAAGCAGAAGCAUAAGCAUAAGCGUUCAGUUAUUAAGUGUCGGUGUUGAACGUUAAAACCUAAAAUGGCCGGUAAAGGGACCCAUUCAGAUUCAAAAGCAGCAACAAUUGUGAUUAAGGAUCUGAGAUUCACAUACCCCGGCAUCGACGGCCACCCUCCGCCGGGUUCCACUCCCCUCAUUCAGGAUUUCAAUCUCACUCUUUCUUCCGGCCAUCGCUGCCUCCUCGUCGGUUCCAACGGCGCCGGAAAGACCACUCUCCUCAAGAUAUUAGGAGGGAAACACUUGGUGGAGCCUGACAUGGUUCGCGUGCUCGGAAGAUCAGCUUUUCACGACACCACUCUAAUAUCUUCUGGUGAUCUCUGUUACCUUGGUGGCGAGUGGAGGCGAGAUGUUGCUUUUGCGGGUUUUGAGGUUCCAAUACAAAUGGACAUAUCUGCUCAAAAAAUGAUAUUUGGUGUGCCUGGGAUUGAUCCUCAAAGAAGAGCCGAGCUAAUCAAGGUAUUAGAUAUCGAUCUUUCCUGGAGAUUGCAUAAAGUAUCUGAUGGUCAAAGAAGAAGGGUGCAGAUUUGUAUGGGUCUCCUCAAACCAUUCAAGGUUCUUCUUCUCGAUGAGAUAACAGUUGACCUUGAUGUUCUAGCAAGAGCUGACCUUCUGAGAUUUCUAAGAAAGGAAUGUGACGAGAGGGGUGCCACUAUUAUCUAUGCAACACAUAUAUUUGACGGCCUCGAGGAUUGGCCAACAAAUAUUGUUUAUGUAGCCCAUGGGAAGCUGCAACUAGCAAUGCCUAUGGACAAAGUCAAAGAAAUUAGCAAAUUAUCACUAAUGAGAACAGUAGAAAGUUGGCUGCGGAAAGAACGAGAUGAAGAUAGAAAGAAAAGGAAAGAGAGAAAAGCAGCUGGUCUUCCUGAAUUUGGAAAGCGAGUUGAGGAAAGCCGUGUAACAGGGGAUCCAGCGCGUGCUGCAGUUCGAGUAAUUAAUAAUGGUUGGGCUGCAGGACGAUUAACUUCCACCGUUGCUGGUGAGGAAAACUUUCUCCUGAGCUCAAACCGAGUAUUGAGGCAGUAGAUAAAUUUCAAAUGCUAUUGCCUAUGAGCAUUUUUUCUGUGUAUUUUUAUAAACUUCAAAACAAAUUUUUUUCUCCAAUGCUUUCUGGCAUAUGUAAUUCGUUGUGAUAUAGAAAUGAUCACAACAGGUUAUACACAAAAUGUGAGCUAAUGUAUCUGAGUAUCUCUACUAUUGAAAGUAUCGUGUCACAUGUGGCCUUAGUACUGCAAAUUUGUGACCAAUAUAUGAGAAUAAAGAAAAGCACUAACAACCUUAAAUUCUCUUAAAA